AUGGUCAUACCUCUUUUAUUUCGUCGUGUAAUUCAACACAAACAAUUUCAUCUUAAUUUGAUUGCUCGAAGAAUGGCUUCAACUCAAUCUUCCAAAUAUUUAAUCUCAAAUUCGGCUUACAAACCAUUUCUACAAGAAUUAGGUUUAGAAGAAGAAAACUUAGGAGUGUUCGAUGGUAAAUGGUUUGCCAGCGGAGAGGCGAUUGAUUCAAUCAAUCCUUCGACAAAUGAACCUAUCGCUCGUGUUCGCCAAGGUACUAUUGAAGACUACAAUCGAAUUGUUGAAUCAUCUUCGAAAGCGUUUCAAAUGUGGAUGAAUGUUCCAGCGCCGAAACGUGGUGAUAUUGUUCGGCAAAUUGGCGAUGAACUAAGAAAAAAUCUUCAACCGCUUGGAAAACUAAUCUCAAUGGAAAUGGGUAAAAUCCUUCCUGAAGGUGUCGGUGAAGUUCAAGAAUUUAUCGAUAUUUGUGAUUAUGCCGUUGGUCUCUCCAGAAUGUUCGAAGGAAAAGUUCUUCCGUCAGAACGACCUGGACACAUUCUUAUGGAACAAUGGAAUCCAUUGGGAAUUAUCGGCAUCAUUACAGCAUUUAAUUUUCCAUGUGCCGUUUUCGGAUGGAAUCAAGCGAUUGCACUCGCUUGUGGAAAUGUCACACUUUGGAAAGGUGCUCCGACAACACCAUUGACAAGUAUUGCAACGACAAAAAUAGUUGAACGUGUUCUCACACGUAAUUCUUUACCCGGUGCUUUAUCAUCAUUAAUAUGCGGUGGAACAGAUGUUGGAAAAUCCAUUGCAGAAGACAAACGAAUUCCGCUUGUUUCAUUUACUGGUUCAUGUCAAGUUGGAAAACAAGUUGCACAAACAGUUCAAGCACGAUUUGGUAAAACGAUUCUUGAAUUAGGUGGAAAUAAUUGUAUCAUUAUUAUGGACGAUGCUGAUCUUUCCUUGGCUAUUCCUGCUGUCUUUUUUGCUGCAGUUGGUACUGCUGGACAAAGAUGUACAACUGCAAGACGACUUAUUGUUCAAGAAGGAAUUUAUGAUCAAGUCUUAUCUGGUUUGCGUCGUGCAUAUGAACAGAUUGAGUCUCGAGUUGGCGAACCGUUUGAAGAAAAUGUUCUGUACGGACCAUUGCAUACAAAACAAUCAGUUCAAUUGUAUCAACAAGCCAUCGAAGAAGUGAAAAAACAAGGUGGAAAGAUUUUCUAUGGAGGAAAGCUUUACACAGAAAGAAAAGGCAAUUAUGUUCAACCAACAAUCGUUACCGAUCUCAAACAUGAUUCAUCAAUUGUUCAUCAAGAAACAUUUGCACCAAUUCUCUAUGUUCUCAAAUGCAAAACAUUUGAAGAAGCUGUGAAAUGGAAUAAUGAAGUUGAUCAAGGUUUAUCAAGCUCGUUGUUCACAACAAACCCGGAACUUCUCUUCAAAUGGAUUGGCCCAAAUGGAUCUGAUUGUGGAAUUGUUAAUGUUAAUAUUCCAACAAGCGGUGCUGAAAUUGGUGGAGCUUUUGGAGGUGAAAAGCAUACCGGUGGAGGAAGAGAAUCUGGCUCGGAUUCAUGGAAACAAUAUAUGAGACGAUCGACGUGCACAAUCAACUAUUCGAAACAGCUUCCGCUUGCUCAAGGAAUUAAAUUUGCGUAA